GAGCAGGAUCUGGAUGAACGUCCUAGUCUACACAGGCCCGGAAGUGCUCACCGCUUCUCUCAGUCAUACCCUGUCAACGUUUUGUUCCCUCCUCCUUCCCAAUUACACCGUCCAGGCCGUCACGAAGCAGUCGCUCGCCGACCACCCCUGGUCCACGGCCUGCGCUCUCCUCGUCUUUCCUUCCUGUCGGGCGGUGCUAUCGUCAGCAAAGGCAGUCCAUGCGGUUAAAAGCUAUGUGGAGGACGGUGGGGCGUAUCUAGGUCUGUCAUCUGGGGCGUCUCUGAGGGGUUCUCGUACUGGACUCGAAGGCAGCAGCGAUCUGGGGCAUCAGGCCUUGCGGUUCGAAGACAAGACUGCCGGUGUUACCAUCUAUCCUAUGUUUCGCAGCAAAGAUGAUGCGUCCGAGUGGAAGCCCUUGCAACAAGGGGGGAACGUGUACCAUGACGGAUGGAGUGAAUUCAGCGGUGUGGAGGAAGUGGGGUCAACGAAGAUUCUUUCUCGGUACGCAGACAGCGAAGUCGCUGGCGUGGUAUGUCAUACACAAAACGGUGGAAAGGCUGCGUUCUGGUCCCCGAGUCUCGAAUACCCUGUCACCGCGGAUAUAGGGUCGUCACUGACCUCAGAAGAAAUCAAAGCAGCAGAGCAAGUCCGCAUGACUUUGCUCCGGGAUACCUUACGCGAGCUAGGCCUGCACCUACCAGAGGACAAGCCUCCCAGCUGUCCCUUGCCCCAGUUCCUUAUCGCCCCGACCUCGAGGGCCGACAUCAUCCCGCGGGUUCUGAGCGCCAUCGGCGUGGACAUGGGCUCUGGAUCGGCGACCCUCGUGGAUACGAAUGACACGUUCGCCUUCCACCCUUUCUCUGCAGGUCUGGAUCAGCUGCGUGAAGCACGCGUGCGGUCGCUCGAGCACACCGGAGAGCCGGAUGAAGCUAACUGGCAGCCCAAACAUGUUAUCGUGUGCACCCCCACCGAGCGCCCCUCAAGCGAGCACACUCCGCUGUUCGACGUCGGCAAGUACUUCGCCGCGCUCCAGCGCGCAAGGGCGCAGGAGGGCUUGGGUGCGGACGCGGCUCCCGAGGGCGAGUGGGGCAUGGGGGAGGCGCUCCUCUACGCGGAAGUCGUCACCAGCACGCAGACGAUGCUUGACAAGAACCCGCGCCUACUAAGCAAUCUCCCGGCGCCGCUCCUCUCGCUCGCGAGCCGCCAGCUCACGGGGCGCGGGCGCGGGAACAACGUGUGGCUCUCCCCGCUCGGGUCCCUUCCCAUCUCGCUUUUGAUCCGCCCGUCACUCAAGGAGGUGCCCGCGCAGAAGCUCGUGUUUGUGCAGUAUUUGUUCAGCCUGGCAGUGACGGAGGCGUGUCGGGAUCCCGCCGUGCUCGGUCAGCAGUAUGGGGCGGCGGUGAGGAUAAAGUGGCCGAAUGACGUGUAUGCGGUUGUGGGUGGGGAGAACAGGAAGAUCGGGGGCAUACUCGUGAACACAAGUUUUGGGAGCGGGAAGGUCGAGGUUGUGAUCGGCUCCGGGCUCAACGUGAUGAAUGCGCGGCCGACGCUGUCGCUCGCGCAGCUCUUGCCACCAGAGUCGGCGGCGAACCUGAGUAUGGAGGCAACCACUGCGACUAUCCUCGCCAAGUUCGACGCGAUGUGGCGCACGUUUGUGGAGCACGGUGGGUCCUUUGAGCCCUUCAUGGAUCUAUACCUCGAACGGUGGCUGCACUCGGACCAGUUGGUUACGGUUACUUCCGUCUCACCGCCGCAGAAUGUGCGGAUAUGUGGGAUUACGCCGGAACACGGGCUGUUGAGGACCAUACCGGAGCGUAGGGCGGGCGGAGGAAUGGGUGUCGAGUAUAUUGACCUGCAGCCAGACGGGAAUAGUUUCGAUUUGAUGCAGGGGCUGAUCAAGACGAAGACAUAUUAGGGAUAGGUAGGUGGCAGUAUAUCUAGCUAUUAUGUGCCACAGCACACGGAAAAAAGGAACGCCUGGCACGCGUCCCGGGACGUUCGUACUUGGUUGUCACUAUCUGACUUCUUUAAGGAUUGUACUGAUUGUCGCGACUCCGUACAGUGAUAAAACACGAUAAUGUUGCAGAUAAUCAGCUGCAGAGUGCUCUAUCAUACUGAAGUCCAUGUAUCUAGAUGCUGGAGUCCGUCGAGGUCUCUGAAUACAAGUAUCACGCCUCUGUUUCUUGUCGCCCCUCGAGGAUUCCUUGUUCAUCUAGG